UCCCUCCAUCAGUCUAUAGGUGUCCACGACGCAGUAAGCCACGUGCUUUCUACAAAGCGGAGUUGGUACAUAUGUAGAAUAUCAUUCAAUUUGUUAAGAUCAAAACUGCAAGUUAUUUUUACUUUAAUGGUAUAAUGACCACGAUACAGGAUUUAUCUAACGAAAUUAUAUUAAGUAUUCUCGAAAACGAAACCAUUAGUUUGAGCGACGUUGAGAAUUUUAGUUUCACGUGCAAGGGAUUUGAGUGGAUAUCACAUUAUGAAACUCUCUGGAAGAAAAAAUAUGCUCAGAAUGUUUUAAAUUUUAGAUGGCCUACUGCAAAGCAAUUUUGUAAAGACACAAUGGGCAUUGAAUUUAAUGACUUAAAUAUUGAAGAUUUUAGAGAGGGUAUGAAAUGUGCGGAAAACUUGUGGCUUUAUGUGCCUCGUAUGUCUCAGAUGUAUUAUUACUGUAAUAAAACGUUCUACUAUAAUCUAAUACAUAAAGACGAUCUGCAUACAGAAAAGCACCCUUUAAAUUUGUUGAUUUUACGUGAUGAACUUAUAAAAAAUAUAUAUCAUCAAGAUCCACGCCAAUGCAAUUUAACAGAAAGAUAUUAUAGCAAAAUGAUAUUUCACAGUCUGUAUCAAAACAUUUUUAAUCCUUUACUUAUGAAAAGAAUUAUAGAAAGACCCAAUCGUAUGCAGCGUUUGGAAAAUUUAAUUGUAGUAUCAUUACAAUAUUGUCAUCCCAAUAAGGGUAUUACUUUGUUGUAUAUAGAUAAAUUCAUAGACAAUAUCAUGCAAGACGUAUUAAACUUGUUGAAAGAUAAAUAUCUUCGGCAUCCAAUAUUGUCCAUAUCAUCUGAACAAUUAUCGAUUUGGAGAACUAAUCGUAUUAAUAAGAAUUUUUGGUGCGUAGAAGACGCAACGUCGAUUAAGGAUGUACUCGACAUAAUUAUUAUAAGUUUUGAUUCUUAUAAAUCAUGGAUGAAACCGAAUCAAAUAAACAAAGAAGACACAUUACAUUAUAGACAAGCGUUGUGGUGUGCAAUAUAUAUCUGCGUUGCAAACAGAUUGGGUUUACAUGUUCUAACAACAAAACACGGUAUAGAAAAUAAUUAUGCUCUACACUCUAAUACACAUUUGGUUUGGCAAUCCGGAAAGUAUAUAGAAAAUAGAGAAUGUUUCACGUUUGAAUGGACAGAUAAUACAGAUAAUGCAAAGAUUUCUCACAUAAAAAAAUGCCAAGUGCCGCCUCGCUUUAUUUCUUUAUUUUCUGACAGAAAUCUACAUUUGCUUGGGCUGCCAAGAUCGGUUGAAGACAGUAUCAUUCGGGAUAUAAAUGUUUUGUGGGAACGUGCCUGCUUUCCCUUUGACGAUUUUUGUCAUACAACAGCAUCAAUAAAUUAUUAUGAUGAGAAAAUAUGUACUCCAGAUAAAACAUUUCGGAAAAAAAGAUCGCCUAAUCUAAAAUAUCCGAUUGGAUUGAUAGUUACACAUAAGCAUAAAAUGGAAGAUAAUACACAAAAAGAUGUUGCUGGGGUCAUUAUUGGGUGGCACAACGAAUGCCACAUUGAACGCUUUAAGUAUAUUAGUACAUAUUGUAGUAGUUCGUAUGAUGUUACAGAAAAAUGUAUACAGAAAAAUAACAUCGAUAAUUGGAAAUCGCAACCGCACUACGUUUUGUUAAUCGAGAAGGAUUUGUGUUACGUUCCACAAUAUGCUAUAACAUCGAUAUGCAAAAAAUGGAUAAAUAAUCCAGAAGUUGGAAAAUAUUUCUGUAAAUUUGAAGAUACUCAUUAUGUGCCAAAUAACAUGCUAGGACAGCAUUAUCCAGACGAUGCCGCAGUCGUUCGCGACAUAUUAUUGAAUAAUCUAAAAUUAUAAUAUUGUGAAUGGUGCAGAAGUGUGUGUGUCUGCUUUUUUUUAGUGCGGAUUGAAAUUCAAAAUAAAAUGAUAAUUUAAUACUAACAAGAGCAGAUAAGGGUAAUAUAACUGUGGCUUUAGAUAGAGAUAAAUACAUCGAAAAGAUUGAAGACAUGUUAAGCAAUGAUGAAACUUAUUUAGUUUUAAAUAAGUAUCCGAUUAAAAAAUUAAUCUGGAACUUUCAUGAUUUACUUACUAGAUGGAAAAAUGACAAUUACAUUUUAGUACAGACAUAUCGUUCAUUGUCAUUUAGUGAGGGCCUUCUUAUUAUCAAAUCCAGAAUUUCACAAAGAAAAUUUAGAGUUAGUAAUCAAAAUAUUACUCGUAAAUAACUAUCUUCUGAAAUUGAUUUUUGAGAUGAUAUUCAUAAAAAGGCAAAAUAAUAGUUUUAAUUAAAAACAGAUAUUGAUGGCUUGCCAGUAAUCUAUGUCAAUAUAAUACAUAGACUACCUAAGAUAUAAAAGUUAAAAACAUAAACAACUAAUUAUUUUCUUUGUUGUGUGGUCGUCUCUCUGGAGAUAAAAAUCAUUCGUUAUUGUAACGUCGAACAAUCAAUAUUUAAAAGCCUUUACGUCACAAUAUAAUAUCUUACUCGAUUUAAUUGUAAGUCUAUUUUUAUUAAUUUACUUAUCUUUUAAUGUUAAU